CGAUUCCGUUUUGGGUAUGAAGCGAUUCGGGCCCAUCACCUACUCGCAAGGAGACGUGGCGGACUUUCUCAUCGUGGCGCUGGACACAUUUGUGGGUGACGGGGGUCUUUCGUGUACGAUGCUGACGGCGGGUGAGAAAGGGAGGGGUCAUGCAUGGUGGAAUGACAUGUGGGUAUUUUUUCAUGUGUAGUGAUGUUUUGCAGCCAGAUAGACGAGAACUUUUCCUCUUUCUCUUUCAAAGAGAGUGACACAAGACACAAUUACGAAAACGCGGUGAAAGUCGAAACAGCAGAUUUCGCGAAGACGAUGGCGUUCUUGUUGAAGUGAUCUGCCUCGCGAAGACGUGCGCAUUCGUAAGAAACUCCACGGACGGACGGAUGCAUCACAUUUCACUUCAUCCACACAUAUUCACGUGUGGCUAUUUUCUUUCCUUCUUUAAGGAGCUGAUCGCGUUCGAGCAUACUGGAUUCUGUGAACCUUAGCUGGAAGCUGGCGAGACCAUCACAGGUACCACUAAGGAAAGGAAGACAUCUGCCGAUCUGUAAUGACUGGCUCCUUUGGUUCUACGCACAGGGGUGUGCACGUGAUCGCUUCAUUCGUGCCCACGCUGUGUGUCCCUUAAUCGGCUCAAAGGAGGAACAACAAAGAGGAGCCAACCGCCAAGACGUUGAACACCAAGACAAGCAAGGGAAAAAUCCUGAAGUUGGACAAACCGAAGAAAGGUGAGUCUUUGUCAAAAGAAAUGCAGUGAUCAAUCAUUCAUGUCACCCACUAUACGUAUUCCAUCCGUGAUAUAGCAACAUCUGCUCGCCGAGAGGUAGAAGGCUUGUUCGGCUGCCCCCUUCUUAGCGCGCUUCUCGAGGACAGUACAGCGACACCUCCUAUGCAGAGCAUCGUCCAGGUAGACGAAACAGGACGGACACCUGAACAGGACUUGCGAUUUGUAUGAUGUCAUUAUCGUUUGAUCAGAGUGGCACUGAGCAACAAAUUGUGAUCGACCUGCUAUUCCUUGCCCAGAGCCAGAUCGGGAUCUCUCAAGUGGUGAUCGCUGCCACUCCCUUCAAGUGCACGAAGCAUGAAUGAAUGCCUACUCAGCAAGAUGCAGGGCUUCAAACGUGUGUUUGGAUGACGCAGGGUAACGCCAACCUCCGCGUCACCGUUGAUGGGUAGGCAUUUAUUCAUGAUUCCAACUCUUACGUAUGCUAUAUGUAUGCUUGAAUGUCUGCAGCGAGGAGUGUCCGGAUGAUCCGGAGGUUUGCCCCAGGGCUACUUCUGCGAAUCCUUCGGAUACUCCCGAGCUAGACGUCGCUGAUACCGUAUAUGAAGACGCGGUUGUCGUGAGCACCAGUGCAGGUGAAAGACUAGAUGUGUUCGUCACCCCAGCAGACAACCCAGACGGCGAGCCCCAAGACGCCAUCGUGGUACGCAUGCAUUGCAGGCAGUCCUGCGUCCACAUACAAGUUCUUGUAUUUGUAUGUGUGUGGGCGAUGCAGGAGAUCAUUGUCUUGAGCUACAAUGGGUGCAGAUCGAUAACGUUCCCGUAGAGCAAGUGCCCUUCGGCCCCCCUCCUGUCGACAAGUAUGCUCAUCAGUCUAAAGUGAUCCAUCCCAAGUAUGCACACACACUUGCAUCUUAUCACGUUGUGUCGACAGCGCUGGCGCUCACGAUGUGGAUCCAGCCGAUGUGCAUGAUGGUGGCAAUGGUGCUGAUGCAGGGGAUGGUGGCGACGCGGGGGAUGGGGGCGACAGUGGCGAUGGUGGUGAUGCGGGGGAUGGCGGCAAUACGGGGGGAGAGCUCGAGCGCUGAUGCGAAACAACGAUCUUCAUCAAGAUGGGUGUGUGAGUGGAGGUACUUGUGUUCUUUCUUGAUAGAAGCUGAAUUGGUUUUUCUCCCGCUCCUUGAUUUGCGGUCUUAGCGGCAUUUUCCCCGAGGCUAUUACUGUCAACGGACAGGGUGUCUCCCUUGCUGCCAUGAAAUGUUAGGGAUUAAUGGAAUUAUGAGUGCGACAGUUUUUCGGGUUUUUCGUCUCCGAAUGGUGUGCGCGUGCUUUGCUCGAUAUGGAGUGGACGGGUUGGCCUGUUCAAUGGGCCAGCCCGUCCACUCUAAAAAGUUUAGCUGGACUGCAUGUGUGACACCAUGUGUGGGUAGUGUGAGUCUCGUUCCUUCUCCCAUCUUCUGACUGCCUGUGUGCACCGAGUGGGCUGACUUGGUUGCUGGCUGUGUGACUCACUGAUUUGUGUUAGAACAUUCGAUAUAUACAUUAAGUCAGAUCGCAAUCAACCUUCAUUUCUCGCUAUCAAACACACGAUUUCAUCAGUUGGUUCCUCCGCUUAGGCAAUUUUCUCUUUUGACUAUAUAGUGGGGAGCCGUAUAUCACAUUUUCGAGCUGAAACGGUUUCUUCUGGGACUGACGGCAUCUGCAUUAGAACGACAUAAUGAAAGCUUCAUUUUGCACUAUCUGUGGUUCGGUGACUAUUGUCGUCUCGUGUGCACGACUUGUGGCUCGACGAAGUAGUGGAUAUGCUCAGCCGCCCAUCACAAUACGCCAGAAGAUAAAGAGAAUAGCUCAGCUUCUCAUUGAUUUUGCAUUGUGAAGGCACGUUCGACCUGCGUCUGCAUCUGCGUAGGCCACAGACUCA